AUGGUUUCUCCUGUUUUAGAGACCAACAGGUCCAAAGAUCAUUGUCAUUCCAGCCAGGGGCUUGUUUACAAUGAUGCUUGCCUCCAAUCUUCCGAGUCUAUUCGGACUCAGCCAAUAGACAUCGCUGUUUCCGAAUCGAAACCCAUAACGUCGCAAUUGCCCUCGCUUCAGAUUCGUACUGAUUUCCAAAUUCGUACUGAUCGUCCGAAUUCCCGUGAAUCCGAUACGCCAUCCUUUGGUUUAUUAUCUGGCAGCUAUCCUAGACGUACUCCAAGUCUUCGCGCUCUUAUCGCACCGCCCAUCUCGAAUGCAGGCUCUUUUUCUCCCGCAUCGUUUAUAUCAUCCCCGCAGUUGAACGCAAUGGCUGACAUCACUCCUUUACCCUCUCCAAUCGGUGGGGCUUCUCCGUGGCAACCAGCCGGCCUGCCGUCGUUGUCACGUACGUCGUCUACCGCAUCCCGAAGCGCAUCGAGCUUGCGGUUGAGUGAAUCAUCGCAAAUGAUUGUCCCGCCCGUCGCACGCUCUCAUACCAAAUCAUAUGCGCCGCUGGAAGAACACGGAGAACAUGGAGAAAACUCUUCAUCUGCAAACCAGAUCCGUUAUGAUUCACCUUCCAAUCAUGCCCGGAAUCGCAGUUUGAGUGAUUAUGCGCCAUCCGGCCGCGUAUCUGUUCCCCGACCAAUCGCUGUUUCUGGGUCCGGCCCGAGCAUGGCCCAGUCAUCUAGUAUUGACUCCAAGUCUGGAUUACAACGCGAACAAUACCUAGCUGUGCACCGUGGUAUCGCCCUACCCGUAGUACGUCCUCCCAGCCCUCCUCGUAGUAGUGGCAGUGGGUAUGGGGACAGUGACUCAGAGCCAAUGCUUCAUCGCCCAGUCAUAUAUUCGGUCUCCUGGUACCGGUUUGCCAAUGAAGAUGAAGAAUGGGAUCCUGUUAAGGGCAAGGGUCUAGAAGGUGCCCGUGAGUGCGUGGAAGGUUUGCUUAAACGCAACACUAAGCGUAAAACACUCGAUGAAAUAGCCGCCAUGCCGUGGGUGCAAGAAGGCAUCAAAGUCAUCAAUGAACUCAAACGAGGCGACAAAGAAGUGCCAUAG